UCCCCCUCCUCGCUCUCCCGGCCGGAGAGGGGGAGAGAGAGAGAGAGUGAGUGAGAGAGAGAGACACACACGCGCGCACACACUCUCUCUCUCACGCAGAGACACACAGCCGCUGAAUGAACGCACCCACUCGCCCAGGAGCGGCUUCUCCAACGCCGAGGCGAUGUGUCAGCCGGUCACGGAGCAGGCAGACGGCAACAGGAGCAGGGGCCGCAGGCACCACGGAGCUGUGAGCUGGGCAAACUUUGCGCCCGCCUCAUCCUAAACCUGUGAAGGGCUCUUUUUAUUGUCUCUUUUGCAUUAUUUCCUCUGAAACAGCGUCUUGAAGGAGAUCAACUUUUACCUGCGCCUUGGGCGCUUUGAAGGAAAACCGACCUUUUGGGUCCCGCGGACUGGAGACGAUUGCCAAACUAACUGGGAAUUAAAAGAACACAAAAGAAAGGUCUCCACCUCUCUCUCUUUCUCUUUCUGUGUGCCGGGAAGUGAUUCACACCAGGGCCUGCCUCUAAGUGCAGUUGCAAGAAUCAUUCGUGUUCCGUCCACCCCGCCGGCUAUGUGUAUCUAAAAGGGGAAAACACCGCUGUGUCAAAAUAUUUCGCCCGAGCCUUGUGCCAGAGGAGUCAUCAAGCGGGGAGCGAGACUUGUGUGUGUCUUCAGUUCAAGUUGGGGGGAGGCGUCUUUCAUCCCGAAGGAAAGGGAAGUUCUUCCCCCUCUUCGACAGCCAGCAGAAGGCGGCGAGCUGGCACCUGUCACGUGAAUGUGGCGUCUCUGGGAUGUAUUUAUAAACUAAAGGAAAGGCAUUUAAACACGUGCAGUGUGUCCAAUUAAAACAAAAAAAAUAUUUAUACAUAUACACACCCAGUACCGAUCGAUAGGCGGGUCUGAACACGGAGCAGCAGCCUGCUUGGUUGUUGGUACUGUCUUCUCUUUCAUUUCAUUUUUAGAAGCAGAAACCCCUCUUUAUUGUGCGUGAGUGAGGGAUCUACUGUAUAGAAAUAGUCAACUUGGCUCCCACAAGUCCCCUCACUAACUCUGCCUCCUGUGUCCUGGAACAAGAGGACUCAACUCAGCUACAGAAAUCUGAAGCUUCCAAAGUGGAUCUGUUUAACUUGGCUUUUUCCCUAUGUGAGAGAGGCGGCUGGGGGGGAAGCACAGGAUCUGUACAGUAUAACUCCAGCUACUUUUCAGGAACCAGCUGAGGGAUACCUGUUUGUGCCACCUGAUUGUUAACCUGCAGUAUCUCUGUUCUCUAAUCUGACAUCAGUGGACCAUCUUUUGAGAACCAACGCCUCAGUCACUGGUCAUUGUAGUGUGUUAAGGGGUGCAGGUCAACUCUGAGCUACUCUGGGCUUUGCAUUGUUGAACCUCUAGAUUCUUUCCCCCCUCGUUGAUGCGAGGUGCCCUCAGGAUCCUAGGCUGGGUAGAGUGGGGGAACACCAUUCUACAGGAACUCUUUGCUCCAUCUUUCCUGAGCUCGGCGCACUCCUGGCAGGAGCCCGCCACGGGAACCCGCUCCGAUGGUGAUCACCUCAACCAGCGAGGUCGAACAAUCGCCCUCCAGCAUGCUGGCUGCCCUCCGCUCGGAAUGGAUUAAACAGGAUCCGAUCUGUUGCCUGCCUGCCACCUCUCAAUGCAGCAAGAAGCCGACACGAAGUGGGACCAGCUCAGGAUGCAAGCCACCCUCCUCUCACUGCCUGGCUGCCUCACUUGGCUUCACCCCCACUGAGCCCAGCAUGUCGAGUCAGCACAGCCACCUGCCACUCAGCAGCCUGCAGCCCACGAAUGAGACCCCGCAAGCCCGGCACGGGCCGCACUGGGGCCCGACCAGCGCUCGUACCCGAGGCCAAGCCGCCGACCACCAGAGGGGCACCGCCACUGAUAAGGCACUCUCGGACAUGACAAUCCUGCAAAGGAGGAUUCCGCUCUGCUUCCGCGAGUCCGGGAUGACUCCCCUCAGGAAAUUGUCAGUGGAUUUGAUCAAGACAUACAAGCACAUAAAUGAGGUGUACUAUGCCAAGAAGAAGCGGCGGGCCCAACAUGUCCCUCCGGAUGACUCCAGCAACAAGAAAGAACGCAAGGUGUACAAUGAAGGCUAUGAUGAUGAUAACUAUGACUACAUUGUGAAGAAUGGGGAGAAGUGGAUGGACCGAUACGAGAUUGACUCCCUCAUCGGGAAGGGCUCCUUUGGACAGGUAGUGAAGGCGUAUGACCACCAGGAGCAGGAGUGGGUGGCGGUGAAGAUCAUCAAGAACAAGAAGGCCUUCCUGAACCAAGCCCAGAUCGAGCUGCGCCUCCUGGAGCUCAUGAACAAACACGAUACCGAGAUGAAGUACUACAUAGCAGCUCCUUUCCUACUGCCCGCAGUUCAUCUGAAGCGACACUUCAUGUUCCGCAACCACCUGUGCCUGGUGUUUGAGCUGCUCUCCUACAACCUGUAUGACCUGCUGCGCAACACCAACUUCCGAGGCGUCUCCCUCAACCUCACCCGCAAGUUUGCUCAGCAGAUGUGCACGGCCCUGCUCUUCCUGGCUACCCCCGAGCUCAGCAUCAUCCACUGCGACCUCAAGCCCGAGAACAUCCUGCUGGUCAACCCCAAGCGCAGUGCCAUCAAAAUCGUUGACUUCGGUAGCUCCUGCCAGCUGGGGCAGCAGAUCUAUCAGUACAUCCAGAGCCGUUUUUACCGCUCGCCUGAGGUGCUUCUUGGGAUGCCUUAUGAUCUCUCCAUUGACAUGUGGUCACUGGGUUGCAUUCUGGUGGAGAUGCACACAGGAGAGCCUCUCUUCAGUGGCUGCAAUGAGGUGGAUCAGAUGAAUAAGAUAGUGGAGGUUGUUGGCAUACCUCCCACUCACAUGCUGGAGCAAGCCCCGAAAGCACGCAAGUACUUUGAAAAGCUGUCAGACGGCCUGUGGGCCAUCAAGAAGGUCAAGGACGUGAAGAAGGAGUACCGAGCGGCUGCCUCCCGCAAGCUACACAACAUUAUUGGCGUGGAGACCGGGGGUCCGAGUGGACGGAGGGUUGGCGAGCCUGGUCACACCCCAGCAGAGUACUUGAAGUUCAAGGACCUGAUCCUCAGGAUGCUGGACUAUGACCCCAAGACGCGCAUCACCCCUUUCUAUGCACUGCAGCACAACUUCUUCAAGAAGACACUGGACGAAGGCACAAAUACCUGCAGCAGUAUCUCCACCAGCCCCUCCGUGGAGCACAGCCAAUCUACCAGCAAUGCCAGCUCCCUGUCCAGCUCAGGUGCUUCCAGUGGCUCGUCCAGUGACAACCGGAACCAGCGGUACCCCAACCGAUACUUCAACCAUGCUGAGGCCCCCACCGACUGUGAAAUGCACAGUCCGCAGGCUCCUGCUCCGGCAACCCAGCAGCAGCAUCCACCCUCGCUACGCCUGUGGAACAUCGGAGACGGCCCUGAGCCUACCAGUGGCCUGUACCCUCCACCCCCUCCUCCUCCUCCUCCUCCUCCUCUCCCUCUGCCUCUUCCUCUCCCUCUGCCACUGGCUCACCCACCUCCCCUCCAUCCCACUGGCCAUCGACAGCCUCCUCCCCCCCACCAACACCACCACCACCUGCAGCUCUACCGGCACCUUCGGCCUCAGCACCAGCGUCCCUUGCAGACCCUGCCCUCUUCGCCACCCUCUGAGCCACUGUCUCCCUCCUCCUCCCAUGGCUUCCUUCACCUCUCUGCUCAGGGUCCUGAGACGUCCCGCCUGGAUCCCUCUUGGCCCCGGGCCGCUCACCCUGUCUUCUACUCCUCUCGCGCCACAUCACCCGGGGGCAUCAGGCCGCCCCGAGACGGACCCCAGCCACAGGCCACGCCCCUGGUGGGCUUCCGUGCCCCCCGCGGUUCAGCAGCAACCUCCUGAUGCUGACUCCUGUGAGAGAGAGAGAGGGGUGUAUGUCAAAAUGAGAAUUAAAAAAAGCCAUAACACUGAACAAGAGCUAUGGGGUGGGUGGGUGGGGCCAGGGUCAGUGUGAGAGGGGAAAGGGGUGGGGAAUCUCACGGCAACUUCAAACCCGAGCUGGACUGCCAAUGUAUAUUUUCCCCUCAACCCCUUAUUUAUUUAAAAGUUUGUACUGGAGCUCAAAAGGGUUUUGUUUAUUGCUGAGCAAAUGGAAAAAGGAGCUUCUCCUGCCUGCUUCCCCAAGAUGGGCUUUGCACUCUUGUUUCCUCUGCUUCCCUCCUCCUCUUUCCGCUUUCUCUCCCUCUGCUCCACCACCCCCUUCCCUAUAAUCUCACUAAUUCCACAACUUCAAUCUGAAGGCACCGGGACACUAAACAUCAAUUUCUGGAAAGCCCCUGCGCCCCAGCUCCUCCCCGUUCUCCAGCCUCAUUUUUGUCCCCUCCUGCACUGGUUGACGAGGGAUUUCAGCUGGGUCAUUCAGGGCACUCACUCUGUAUCACUCGCAUUUUUCUCUCUCCCUAUCUCUAUCUCACAUUCUUUACUUCAACCUCUCUCUGCCACCACCACCCCCCCCCCACCCCAGUACCUUCCCUUGAAUUAUCCCAACCCACUCCCAGCACCACACUGACUUCAUUGCAACACUCUUCUGGAUGGAAAUGCCAGGCUCUUGAUCUGAGCCCAACCGAGACUCAACCCCCCCCCCCCCCAGACCAUCCUCCCCUCUGCAUGCAGGUCACGUGCUGCCUGCCCGGAGAGGUGGUGCUGGGGGGAUUGCUGGAGAAAUCACAGACGUAUUGAACCCCACACAUCUCCUGCUCCUGCUCUUUGCUUAUGACAGAUGUAUCUCCUGGGAAUCGGUGCAGGAGGGUGAAGAAGCAGUGAUCGGGAGCAUGAGACAACCAGCCGUUGUGGUCUCUCUUUUUUUAAUUUAUUGUACCAAAGACGGCCAAGAGGUAUCAUGGGGGGAAGAUCUCUAAUGACUGAAAACAGUAAAGGGGGGAGGGUGGGACAAUGGGUAA